CUUUAAUCGAGACAAAAGCCGCCCAAUCUCUCGACCAAGUGCAGUUUCUGGCACCCAGCGUUAGUCCGCAGCUAGCCAGCAGCGGUGGGCAACCGAUAACACCGUGAGGAGCUGCAUCUGAGCCGCUGCAUCUGACUGCUCGAGCAGCCGGGCAAAAAAUAAAAAUAAAAAUGCCCCGCAGCGGCGAGCUCGAGGCCGGGAGCAAGGACGAGCUCGAGACCGUGGCGCUCGUCGACGACGCCGACGCGGUGCGGCAGCGGCACGGCGCGCCGCGGUCGCCGACGGCCGCGCGCAAGACGACGACGAGCGCGCCGUCGUCGUCCGCGGCCGAGGUCACGCGCAAGGCGCUCUUCGUGGGCCUGGCGGCGCUGCUCAUCUGCUCGUCGGGCUUGUGCAUCCGCGAGGCGGAAGAUGACGAGGGUAAUAUAACCUACGCCGCGACGUCCGUCACCUUAUUCAGCGAGAUGCUCAAGCUGAGCCUCGCGCUCGUCAUCACGCUGACGUCGGACGCGCCGCGGCAGAAAAUCGACGCCCGGACGGCGGCCUACUUCCUGCCCGGCGCCGUCGGGUAUCUGGCCGUGAACAACGUGCGCUACUUCAUGCUCGAGCAGGUGAACCCGGGCCUCAUGGCCAUCGUCUGGAACCUGAAGAUCUGCGUCAUCGGGUUGCUCUACGCGCUGCCGCCGUUCCGGCGGGCCUUCACGCGGUUCCAGUGGGCGGGCGCGGGCCUGCUCGUCGUCGGCUCGACGCUCGCCGAGGUCUCCCAGUGGGGCGCGACCGACGAGUUCGGCCAGAGCAACACGGGCGGGACCCUCGGUUUGGAGGUCGUCGCCGGCGCGCUCGUCCUCACGUCGGCGUCGGCCGUCGCGACGGAGUACGCCUACAAGGUGACGGACCUGCCGCUGUCGCGGCAGAACGUCAUCCUCUACACCUACGGCUGUUUGUUAAAUCUGCUGACGGCCCUCGUCUGGCGGUCCCUCGAGGGCCAGUCCUCGGUCCCGUUCACGCGCGGCUUCACGGCCUGGACGUGGGCCGUCGUCGCCGCGCAGGCGGCCUCGGGCUACGCCAUCGGCGCGCUGCUGAAGUACGUCGACGCCAUCGGCCAGGUCUUCGCCGACGUCAUCGCGAUGCUCAUCACGGUUGUUUUCAGAGUCGUAGCUUUUGGUAUAUAUAUCUUACGUGUUAAUGACGCAGGUGACGGUGUCGACGCUGCUCUUCGACCUCGACAUGAACUUCCUGUACGCGGUCGCGCUGCUGCUCUCCGCCGCGUCGCUCGGGGUCUACUACUCGGACCUGAUCACGACGGCCCUCGAGGCGCGGCGUGCGGCGCGUGCGCGGCAGAUCGAACUCGUGCCGCCGAAGGCCGACGCGUGCUGAGGCUAGGGGCGCUCUGUGGCGUCGUCGUCGUGGCCGGUCCCCGUGACGGCGCGGAUCCCUCUACAGGGGGCCCGCGCCCGACGACCGUUCGCGUGGCGGCGACGAUUGUGUGUUAAUGAAAUUCGCAGAUAAGGACUCUCGCAUUUG